GUGGACUGUUUUUAAUCUCUAGGCUCUAGGUUAGCACCAGCCUCCCAUGUAGUUGAUGCUUAACACGUGUGUACUGCGUAAGUUUGCAGUUCAGGUUACGAUUGAGAAGUAAUUCUGACAUGACUUUGCCAUGCAGGAGAUCACUUGGCAUUUAGCUGUGACGUCGCUAAAGAGCACGAGGUUCAAAGUACAUUUGAAGAGAUGGAGAAACGUUUAGGCCAAGUGAAUUUCUUGGUAAACGCAGCUGGCAUUAACAGGGAUAGUCUUUUAGUGAGAACAAAAACUGAAGACAUGCUGUCUCAGCUUCACACUAACCUCUUGGGUUCCAUGCUGACGUGUAGAGCUGCCGUGAGGACUAUGAUUCAGCAACAGGGGGGGUCCAUUGUUAACGUAGGAAGCAUUGUUGGUUUGAAAGGCAACUCUGGUCAGUCUGUGUACAGCGCCAGCAAGGCAGGAGUGGUUGGGUUUUCACGUGCACUGGCUAAAGAAGUGGGAAGAAAGAAGAUUAGGGUGAAUGUUGUUGCACCAGGAUUUGUUUACACAGAUAUGACAAAAGACUUGAAAGAAGAACAUUUAAAGAAACAUAUUCCACUUGGGAGGUUUGGAGAAGCCAUUGAGGUGGCACACGCGGUUGUGUUUCUUUUGGAGUCACCCUACAUCACGGGGCAUGUCCUGGUAGUGGACGGGGGACUACAGCUCACCAUGUAACUUACAGAGUCUUUGGUCACGAGGGCGACGGAGUCAAGAGCACCCUCUGGCCAUUGCAGACAGUCGUACCUGCGUGGAUGGCAUUUGCUAAUCAGGCUACACAUGUUGCUUUCCAUGUUUGUUUGCCUUUGUCUGAAAAGAACGUUGUGUGACCAGCUGUAUUUUCCAAAGGGUAUGUCAUCUGUCUUUGGUUGCCUUAUAGGCUGUAGCAAUUUUAACAUACAGACAUUUUGCAAAUCAUAGAAACAGGUUGUUAAUUGAUAUAUUUUGCAUCAAACAUGGAAAACAUUAUGUUGUCUAAUUGUGAAUUGUUUCAUUAUGUUCGGCUGAAAUUUCUAGAAGUUAACCUUGUAGGCUGUUGCCAAAGUAAACGUAAUUUAGAGGACAUUGAAUAAUUGUCAGGACUUUAGCAAAACUGUUUAAAUAAAUAUAUUCCUUUUGCAUGUGCUUGGGUGAUCAAUUUUUACUCAGGUUACCAAAAAUAGUAUCAGUUAAAUAAAGACAUGAAUUUAGAAUUGA